UUGCACAACACUACUCAUCCGCUGGUUUGUGAACAUGCCACACUAUCCCCGUGUCUCAUCGUCAUCGCUCAAUAUGCUGACGAGAGUUCCUUGUUCGAUCCCUCCCAUCGGCUGUGUCACCGUCUACUGGAUCUCCGCGUCGAUCCCGGAUUUACAGCCUGAAGUAGUCGGCGAUGUGGGUCUGUGAUAUGCCUCCGGUCUCUUCUGAGGUCAUGUCUUAAACCAUCAGGCUCAAGCUCGAGAUAAAAGCAUCCCUUUAUGAUGGUUAUUCAUCGCAGUCCCAGUGCGACCGACCCGUCCCAUCACAGCCCCGCCUUUCUCACUUCAUCCGAUGCCACUUUCCCACCAGAGUCUUCGCCUAACACGCUUCAAACGACCUCCACUCCGGAGCCGAGACCAUCCUCGUCUUCAUCGCGCACGCGUUUCCACAGAGACAACGACAACGAUCGGGAUUCAGCAACCCUAAUCGAAGAGACUGCUCGUCGAUCUGGAGAAGUUGAAGAAGCUCCGGAGAGGGAGAUGGAACGAUAUGGAGGGGACGAUCCAAGGGACCCUGAAGAGGAGGAAUGGAACGUGUCUAAAAACCGGAAGGGUAGUGAUCGCGCGACGGAAGAGAGAGUUUGUGUCGAGGAGGAGCAGACCGAAUGUGGAGCCGGGUGGGAGGAGGAGAAGGAAAAGGAUCCGAAUCUGGUGGGAUGGGAUGGUCCAGACGAUCCUGAGAAUCCGCAGAACUGGAGUAAGACGUAUAAGUGCUUCGUCACGGGUAUAUGCGCGAUUAUCACCUUCAACGUUACAUUUGCAUCGUCUGCACCGUCCACGGCUGCGAGUUUUAUCGCGGAAGAGUUCAAUUCCUCCGCCGAAGUCUCGUAUCUCGUCACAUCUGUUUUCCUACUUGGCUACUGCUUCGGUCCCAUCUUCUGGGGCCCAGGCUCCGAACUCUUCGGUCGCAAACCCAUCUACAUCGUCCCUCUCACCUGUUACACCCUCCUCUUCCUCGGGCAGGCUCUGGCUCACAACAUGGCCACACUCCUCGUCACCCGCUUUCUCGGGGGGUUCUUUGCCUGCAGUCCGUUAACGAACGGUGGAGGAUUACUGGCCGAUAUGUGGGAUCCGGUGGGGAGAGGACCUGCGACAGGGGCGUUUACGGCGGUUUUAUUCCUAGGUCCGAGUUUGGGGCCUCUAGUGGCGGGAUUUAUCGUGGAGAGCUCUCUAGGUUGGCGGUGGGUCUUUUGGGUGAUGAUGAUUUUCGCGGGAGCCGUCACCAUACUCGCGGCGUUGUGCAUGCCCGAAACGUACGCGCCAGCAAUCCUCCAUGCCAAGGCCAAACGUCUUCGUAAAGCAUCACCCUCCAACAAGUCCCUCUACGCUGAAUCCGAAAGGCAAGAUUGGACUCUCAAGCCACUGCUACACAGGACGCUCUACAGGCCAUUCGUCAUGCUCGCCAGCGAACCUAUUCUGCUAUUGGUGACGAUCUAUUUGAGUGCAAUCUACGGCGUGCUUUACGGACUCUUCGAAGCCUUCCCCAUCAUCUUCAUCGAACGCCACAACCUCUCCAUCUCCCAAAACGGCCUCAUUUUCCUCAGCCUCGCAAUCGGCGCCACCCUCGGCGCCCUCACCAACCAACUUCUCCUCAACCACUACCCCUACUACAUGACGCACUACCGCGGUUACCCGCCGCCCGAGAAACGCCUCUAUGGAGCGAUGAUUGCGGGUCCGAGUUUGGUUGUGGGCAGUUUGUGGCUGGGGUGGUCGGGGCAGUAUGAGAGUGUACCGUGGUAUGUGCCGGCGUUGAGUGGGGUGUUGAUCGGGGCGGGGAUUAUUUUGAUUUUCAUUUCGUUUUUGAGCUACCUCAUCGACACGUAUAUGAUGUAUGCCGCCUCCGCAUUCGCUGCAAAUACCAUCAUUCGUUCCGCUGUCGGCGCCGCAUUCCCGCUCUUCACUGUCCAAAUGUAUCACAAACUCGGCAUCAACUGGUCAUCCACCCUCAUCGCCGGUAUCGCCCUCCUACUCGCCCCCAUUCCGUUUCUGUUCUUCAAGUACGGAGCGAGGAUCAGGCAGGGGAGUCGAUUUGCGCCUUGUACGGACCUUCAAAUCAAGAAAGAGAUCGAGGAGGAAGAAGCUGUGGCGAGGGAGAAGGAGCAGGGCGUUAAGGUGAAGGGUGGUGCGGACGUCGUUGAACGAGGUGUGGAAGUUUGA